AUGCCAACCAACGAACCCCCAAAGUCAUCCCUAGAAGUGAUUAUAAAAAGUACUAUAAACCUGAAUAUCUAUGGUUUAUUCGGUGAAUGUCUCGUGCUUAUGGGAUUCCUCAGUCUAUUAUUCAUUCCAAUCACGUUCUCCUAUUGGAUAACUAUUAUAGUGGGAGCUGGGGUCAGUGCUCUCAUUGAUACGCCAAUCAAAAGUUUUUGGGUGCCUAGCUACCCACAGGAGCAGAAAAUCAGAAAUUAUAAGAUAGGAUAUGUCGUGUUGGCAGUGGUUGGCCUGAUUCCACGUGUCGCCGUUUUGUAUUGCGGAGGAGUUUGUCCACAGAUCCUUUGGUACACCCUCAUUUUGUCUAGCUUCAUUAUUAAACAAGUUUUCGCCUACUUGAUCUUCCCUGCAUCACUCUUCUAUAAACCGGAUCUCAAGGAGUCUCAUAUUCUAAUUUCCAUAUCUACCAUUGCCCAUUACAUUCUUCUAAUUCUAAGUAUCCAAUAUGGAAUGGUCAAUUGGAGUUUGUACGACAUGAUUUCCAAUAUAAUAAUUCAAUUGUUUUUGGCACCGGUCUGCUGGGAAGCCAUGACAGCUUGCAUUCUGUUGAUGAGUGGAAAAAUUAGGACACGGACCCAGACACAGAAAAAAGCUACAGUACCCCAAGCACCACCAGCACCACCAAUAAUCCCGCCGACACCAAGACGAUCCCAACGAAUUCUUAGUCGACAACAAGUCGGAACACCAGCGCCACCCCCGCCACCGCCACCUCCUCCAACUAUUCCAACUGCCACCACCAUGAUGCUGCCCAACUACAUCUCGUGCUUCACGACGCCCCUCCAACUUCUCAACGUCAUCGUCACCACCGUCGUCUCCACAAUUCUCACCGUGUUGCUCAUCCUCAACUGGUACCCCGAGCACACUGGUAUCGUGUCGUGCUCAAUGGGCAUCUACAUUGGGUGUACUGUACUCGCAGGGAUUGGCGUACGGUGUGUCAGCUGGUUUCUGGAUUGGAAGUUCAAGGAGUCAGGGGAAUUGGGAAAGUGCCGGAGGAGUUUGAUGAUUUGGACGGGCGGUGUGUCGUUGAUUGGCUCGGGGAAUUUGGUGGUGGUGUAUCUGAUGGAUAUGACUUUUUUGCGCUACCUGUUUAUCCAAUUCACCACCUGCUUCUCCAGCCUCAUCCUCUCUCUCGCCAUCAUCCACGAGGUGCCCGCCGCCACCAUCCCAGCCAUGGACAACUCGAUUUCCCUGUUCCUUACGUUCUCUCUCAACGCAACAUUCUUAGUCUUAGGAUUCUUCCUUCCUUCUGGAUUCCAUCCAAACAAUAUCAGUUUCUAUCACACAUUGUACCAUAUCUACCACUUCAUUUUUGUCACCGGGAGUAUUCUAGACUUUUCGCUGGUUUUACAAGAUGAAUUUCGUUUGGGGACUAAUCCAGUUAAGGUGGAGCAAGUGGAGAUGAAGGAUGUGGUGGAGGAGGAGCCAAUCAGUAUGCGAGAAGCCAUGACAGUCGCCGUGUGCAAAGUGUGCGACACGAAACUUCCCAACGCCAAACAAAUCUGCAAAAUCAAACGACAAUGCGAGCAUACUGUAUGCGUAGAAUGCUCCAAUAAGCUGGAUGAGAAAAAGAGUAGAGCCGAGUGGGUGUGUCCUUACUGCAAACUCAUAUCGAUUGUUAAUGGAGAUAAUAGUCGGCGGAAGAAAGACGCAGCGAGGAAGAAGAUUCGUGAAGCAAAGGAAUCUGCAAAAAAGUUUUAA